GAUAUAACCUUAACUGAAUUGUCAUAAUAAAAAAAAGUUUGCAAAAAAAUAGAAAAAUCACAUUCGCACAAAGCUAUGUAAACUUCAAAGGUGUUCAUUAAUGUACAUUCUAAAGUGUAAUGUUUUUAAUUUACUGGAUAUAAUUGUUCAUAAUUGUUCAUAAUUAUUCAUAAUUAUUCAUAAUUUUAAAGAAACAAUUGUCUAAUGCAAUUUCCCCAAUUUCCAAUGAUUCUAAAUUUAAAGGAACGGAGAUUGAAUAAUAGAAAGAUUAAAAACAAUCAGAUGCAGUUUGCAGUAAACUGCAUAAUUACAUAAUUAUAGUGCAUUUUAAAUAUUUUUACUAUCUUGCGAGUAUAAUGGCGGAAAAUAAAAAUCCCGCUGACAAUGCUUGGAGUCAAGAAGAAACUGUCGACGAAGAUGAAAGUCCGUCAAUUGAUGCAAGUUCAUCGGAACCGUUUAUUCCAAAUAAUUAUCACAGAGAUUCGACUGUCAAUUCAUUUAAUGAAGACAAAAUGCGACGAAAAUUGAGAUUUUUCUUUAUGAAUCCUAUUGAGAAAUGGCAAGCUAAACGUAGAUUUCCAUACAAAUUUAUUGUACAAAUAGUAAAAAUAGUUUUAGUCACGAUACAACUGUGUUUAUUCGCACAUAACAAUUAUAUUCACGUCAAUUACACAUGGGACAAUCGAAUUGCAUUCUCGCAUCUCUUUCUCAGAGGAUGGGAUGCAGUACAAGAGGUUCCAGCGUAUCCACCAGCUUCAGGUCCAUUCGCCAUCUACAAAAAAGACGAUUUUUUCGAGACCGUGAAUUUUGCCCUUGACGGUUACUACAAUCUAGAUAAUGCAAUUGGCUCCUAUUCCUACGAUUCAGAGGAUAAUUCACGAGGACCAGUAAUAUUGUGCUUACAACACUACAAGAAAGGAAUAAUUUUUGGUUUUAACGAAAGUUAUAUUUUUGACAAGGAUAUCGAGGAAUUAUGCGUGAAUAUAACGCACACAUAUAAUGAAAAAUUUUCCAUUGUUUCAUUUUUGGACGAGGAGAAUGUAAAAAUAAAUUUCUCAUCAAUGAUUAGAGCCGAAUUAAAAUUUGCCAUUAAGACUGUUAAUUUAAAGGCCGCGGGGCCUAUAACACCGCCCGAUUGUUAUACAUUUAAAAUAAAAAUUAAUUUCGACAAUGGUGAUUUUGAUGGACAAAUGCUAUUGUCAUUGGACGCUGUACCAAGACGAUUAUUAUGUAAAGGUGUGACGCACUAUUUUUCCAAUAGUCAAAUUGAAUCAGCAUUGAGGACACUAUUGAAUUUAUUUGUCAUUCUUAUUUGUACAUUUUCGUUGAUUUUAUGCUCGCGGGCAAUAUAUAGAGCACAAUUAUUGAAAUUCGAGACAAUGGGAUUCUUUAAGAAAACUUAUAAUGUACCAUUGAGUCUACAAGGGAGAUUGGAAUUUUUAGAUUUAUGGUACGUGAUGAUUAUUAUUAAUGAUCUCCUAAUAAUUAUUGGCUCGGGAAUAAAGGAGCAAAUUGAGAGGAAGCACUUUGGUAAUGAUCAUUGGAAUAUUUGCAGUAUUUUUCUGGGAACUGGUAAUUUAUUAGUUUGGUUUGGCGUAUUGAGAUAUUUGGGUUUCUUUAAAACCUAUAAUGUCGUGAUAUUGACUUUAAAGAAAGCGGCGCCAAAAGUGACACGUUUUUUAUUGUGCGCUAUUUUAAUUUACGCGGGAUUUACAUUUUGUGGAUGGCUUAUAUUGGGACCGUAUCAUAUGAAAUUUCAAACACUCGCAACAACAUCCGAAUGUCUAUUUGCAUUAAUAAAUGGUGACGAUAUGUUUGCAACAUUUUCAAUGUCAUCAUUCAAAUCGCCAAUGUUGUGGUGGUACUCGAGAAUUUAUUUAUAUACUUUUAUUUCUCUCUACAUUUAUGUUGUGCUGAGUUUAUUUAUUUCUGUCAUUAUGGACGCGUACGAUACAAUUAAACUCUAUUAUCGCGAUGGUUUUCCAAAGAAUGAUUUACAAACUUUUAUUGCCGUACAAGAAAAUGAAAUUUUAUCGAAUACGUAUUAUGAUGAGACUUCGGAGAAUAGUGAAUUUUUUGAUAGAUUUUGUUGCCAAAGAAAACGUUAUGAUUCAUUGACGACUAAUAAUUCAGUGGCGAAUAAACCCGAACAAAUUUGCGGUGCUAUUUGCAUUUAAUGUGCGAGUGACAAUGUGUUUGUCAUUUAGAGCAAAAUAAGUUAAAAUGUGUUCAAGUUUUGGCAUUUCGAACUUUUAUUUGAAAGAAAAAAGAGAGAAAACUAUUAUAUGUAUAUAGUAAAUUUUAUAAAAAGUUGUUUCUUCUUCCCUUAAUCUCCAGUGUCAAAAAAUACUUUUUUUUAAAACUAAUCUAUAUUUACUUUUUUUUUAAUAGAAAAAAGAAUAGAAAGUAUUUUUUUUUUAAUUUCAAAAAGUAAAAACUAAUCUACAGAAUAAUUGAAAAUACUACAAAUUUUAUAUUAUUGUGAAAUUGGAAAACUACUGUUAUGAAUGUUAAGAAAUUAUUUAUAACCUAUGUAUUAAUUGUGUAUAUUAAUUAUGUGUAAAAAGAAUUUUGGAAAAUAAAAAUGAAGUACUCUUA